UUCGCUGUCACACUCGGUGCGUUGUGUCUGUUUACCCAGGAAACACCAGAAAAAUCUGCAUUGUUUCCGUAUGUCACGGGAAUUCUAUCAUAUUUUCUCACGUAAAUAAGAAUUAUUCGUGAAAAAAGUAAAAGUGCGAUGGAAACAGCAAGUUUUGUGUGUGGCAUAGUUUUGUGAACGAAAACGCAAUGAAAGUUUGCCGGUAUUUUACGAAAAAGUUUUAAUUUGCGACAGAAACUCGAUAGUUUCAAAUUAUUCACAAGUGUUAAAGGUAUUCUGUAUUAUUACGCAGUGUAUUCGGAUUGUUACCUUUUAUUUGGGAGGAUGACACAUGUGUCUGGGAUUUAAUCGGUAUGUUACUACAGAGCUUAUACAGCAAACAAGGAUUGACGGGAGAAAUCAAAAGUUGUAUAGGAAACAAACAUUACUUAAAGAAGGCAAUGUUUAGUAAGUGAACAACUGUCGCGUGAUUCGGAUGAGCAAAAAUUAAUGAUGUAAAAAGCGUAGGACGGCUGUUGCGUUUGUAUCGUUUGCUUAUACAGUGCGUUAAAACAUAGAAAGAUCUAAGUACGAGGCAGGAUGCGUAUCAUACAGUGUGCUAUUAUAUAAUUGAAUUUCUUCCCGGAGGAGUCCUCCGCAGAAUGAGUCUCUGAGAUAAAGAUCUUUUGACUGUGUAUUAUAUUAUUGUACCGUGUUAUGUACACUUCUCAUGAAAAUACAAAAAAAAUAUUGCUAUCGACUUCUAAAACCAACCGUUUUUGUUUUAUUUUUUGUUCCGCUUCGAAACAUACAAACGCAGUAAUUGUUUAAAAAAGUGUUAUCAAAACGGAUCAAGACAACAGAAUCGGUGGCAGUAGUAAUAUCGUCAGCGCUAGCAAAAGUGGUGGUGAAGGUGGCGGAAAUCGCAAACGAAAGUUAGACAUGUACAAGAUGCCCGAGAUCAAACCAAUCCCCAUGCAGACACAGCAACAUCUCCCCCAGGGCGGUGGAGGACCAAACGGGCGCCAGCCCAAGGCGACUCCUAUUACCGACGAUUACGAAAUAUCAAACACCGUCCUGGGGCUCGGCAUCAAUGGAAAGGUUGUUCAGUGCACCAACAAAAAAACAGGCAGCAAGUAUGCCUUAAAGGUGCUGCACGACAAUGCCAAGGCCCGACGAGAGGUAGAAUUGCACUGGCGCGCUAGCGGUUGCCGGAAUAUUGUAAACAUCAUCGAUGUGUACGAGAAUAGCUACAGCGGCAACCGAUGUCUGUUGGUGGUCAUGGAAUGCAUGCUAGGUGGAGAACUUUUUCAGCGUAUCCAGGAACGACAGGAUGGGCCCUUUACGGAAAGAGAAGCUGCUCAGAUCAUGCAUGAAAUCUGUGUCGCCGUUAAGUAUUUGCAUGAUUCGAAUAUUGCACACCGGGAUCUCAAGCCGGAGAAUCUGCUGUACACCUCACCCAACCCGAACGCGAUACUGAAAUUGACCGAUUUUGGCUUCUCGAAGGAAACAUUCAUCAAGGACACACUCCAAACUCCUUGCUAUACGCCGUACUACGUCGCACCGGAAGUGCUCGGACCUGAAAAGUACGACAAGAGCUGUGAUAUCUGGUCACUGGGAGUAAUUAUGUACAUUCUGCUUUGCGGGUUUCCUCCGUUCUACAGUAACCACGGGCUGGCUAUCUCGCCCGGAAUGAAAACACGCAUUCGGACCGGUCAGUAUGACUUCCCCAACCCAGAAUGGCAAAACGUAAGUCAAGCGGCCAAAGAUCUCAUUAGGGGUAUGCUCAGUGUCGAACCGGAGAAACGUCUUACAAUCGAUCAGGUCAUGAGAAAUCCGUGGGUUCGGCUUUAUACGGAAGUUCCACAAACUCCGCUGCAUACAGGACGUGUUCUGAAGGAAGGCGAGGAAACAUGGCCAGAGGUACAGGAGGAAAUGACACGAUCGCUUGCCAAUAUGCGUGUAGAUUAUGAUCAGAUGCACAUAAAAACCUUGGAUAGUUCGAACAAUGCUCUGCUCAACAAACGAAGAAAACGGGGCGAGGAUAAAAUGAAAGACUAGACGGUUUUAUUUCUUCUACCCGGUCACAAGCUGAUGAGUUGAUGAAAAACCAUUACUACUUGUUCAACAUUUCCAACGAUAACCAACCAUAAUAACGGCCAAGGUAAAAAGUGUCCCCACGGUGGCACUUUAUUGGCACAUAGAAGACACUAGCUGAAGUAGAAGAAAAGUGGAUGUUCGGCGGUACAUUCUUUCCACACAACUGCUUCGAUGAUAUAAUCAAAGUUCUAAAUCGACGAAACGCUGACUGGCAGCGGAAAUUAAUGUAUAGAGUUAGACCAUUCUAUUUAGAUGAUUGAGUAAUGAGCAAAUUUACUAUAGAACGAUUCGCGCAGAAUGCGCUUCGAACAAAACCAGGGAGAGUUCAAACAUUUUUAGCUAUCGUAAAACAAUCAAAAAACAAAUGAAAACUAUAUGAUUUGUGGAAUCGGGAAUCAUAUGUGACGUAGAUUACCAUAAAAAGAAUAAAGAAAAAACUAAAGGUAUGUACUAGGGCUGUCAUUAAACAUUAAUGAGUUCAGGUAGUCAAUGUAGGCUUCUCAUUGUCACGAUUCAACAGUUGUAAUAUUUUUAGCAUUGUUUUUAAUACACUUGACUAAGUUACGUACAAUCAUACGUAGGUAAACUUUUGUUAAAAAAUGUAAGCAAAUAGCAUCACUUAUAUUUAUACUAGCUUUAGUUCCAACUAACAGAUAAUAAAGCAUUUUUUUCUUUUGCGUUUUAAGACGAAAGAAUUCGGACUUUUUCCAUAAAGCUAACAACCUUUCGAUGAUCGUAACAAUACGUUCCAAGCCAAAAUAUCAGUGAAAAAUCUCCCUCAACUCUACGUAAAAUGUCAAUAAAACACCAUACCGAAUCAAAACAGAGAACAUUGCGGUUGUACCCAUUUAAUGUGAUUUUUAAUUUCUUAGACUAAUAAUCCGACGGAAAGAUUUAUGAAAAAUAGGACAAUGUAUCAUCUGUUGAAAAAACACGUUAGAAUUGCAACGAAACUUUCCGUUCCGAAAACAAAAUUGAAACAAGCCUUUGAAUGCUAAUCAUGAGAUAAAUUAUAGUGUAGAUUUACACACACCAAAUUCGUGUAUGAAAUGUUAAUCCAUCCAAUUCCGACACAUAAAAAUCAACAUAAAUACAAAACCAGAGUUUUAUUGCAUAAUCGGAAAAAAAGAUUUUGGCUGGGAGGUACGAGCUUAGCUUUAGAGAGUUAUUUUAAACUAGAAAUUAUAUAAUAUAACUACCAGUAAUAGCAGUUAAAAAUUCAUACCUAAAAUAAAAUUGUAGUACGAAAGCAAGAUCGAUCAGUGGGAGCUAGAUUGUAUGGGAAUGGUAUUAUAAGAUGUAUCUAUUUAUUUCGCCUAUCCUAUCUAGCUAUGGAAACGAUCGAAAUACCAUUUUUUGCCAAAUUGAACAAGAUUCGCGAGGUACAAAUAGCUGGAUUGUUACAUCAACUCGAAGAACAUCAGCGGAAAAAAAAGAAUUGAAUAAGCUAGAGAAGUGUAAGCAUCACAUUGGUUGACUUGUUCAAAAAGUGCUGAAUUCUACUCGUUUAUUGUUUUUCUUUUUAAUGGUUACGGAAAUAAAUUGUUAAAUUUGUGGAAA